GUAAAAUGAAACUGAUCUGAUCCCUGUGUGUUUUUCCUAUUCUUUCUGCUAGCCCUUUGGGGAAGUAGAAGAUGCAGGUGCUGGGUACACUCUAUAGAGCUGAUGGGGUUAGAGAGACACUAGCAAUGUCUUUUCAUGUAGUCCAAGCAGCAGUGAAGGAGUCUGUCAUUGGCUAUUGCACAUGGCUUCUCCCUUUCAGUGAUAGCAGUAAAGUGAUAGAUAGUGAUCUGAUCAGUUUCAAGCUGUGUCUGCUAGCACUUCAGGAAAGUGCUAUAUGUGGUGGCAAGAAACUGAUUGUGAAGGAAGGUGGUGAAGGUUGAGCUGGACAAAGGAAGUUGUACUGAUGGCCUGGUGACACAUCCAAACUUAAGAACAAGUUUUGUCACAUGCUUUUUGGAAUGUUGAGGUCUAGGGGAUAAUCCAGGAGGAGGAAAGAGACAAAGACAGGAAAACACAAGAAGAGGGAGAGACAGGAAGAUGAAAUGAGUAGCUUGACUUUAGUAGGGAUAUUUUGUAACUUGACUUUUAUUUCCUGGAAUCGUACACCUACUUCAGUGUAGUAGCAAUCUUUCAGUUGGAAAAUUUGUAGAUGUGAUCCACUCCAGCAAAAACACUAGAUCAAUUUUCAAUUAAAUUUAGAAAAUAAAAUUCUAAUGCUUUACCAACUAUUCUGUAUAGACACCUCAAAUAAUAAAUUUAUUUGAAUAUGAGGUUACAUAUUUCAACACAAGUGAGGAUAUUCAAAAAUUGUCUUUCAUGGUAACAUUAACUUGCCCAGAUUGCGUUUAUUUAAUGAGGUUACUAAAUAAUCUUCUCACAUUACAUAUCAGUUUAUUAACCUAAUUAGGAAAGUGAUUUAAAAUCCCUCCCCCCCCCAACUCUUAUAUUUAAACCUGGCCAUGCUGCAGCUAAACAUGGUUAUUGUCUGCACACAACACAGAGUUUAGUUACCCAGUCAGCUAAGAGAGGCCUAGGUUGACACAUGACUGUCUUUCUGUACUGGUUCAGCACACACUUUUUGGGCAGAUAAUACACCUCAACAAGCCCACGUAACUAGUUUUGUUCAGUUGUGCUUCACCCAGUUCUCUGCAGUAGGACAUCUUAAGAGUGCAUUGCCCUACAUGCUUUUGUAUGCAUGUGUUCUGGGUAUUGACUGCGAAGACAGUAUGGGAUAGCUGGCCAGAGACUCUUCUCAAGGGAAAAAAAAAAAGAGUACUAGAUGUGGAGACACAGACGCACAUGUGAAGGUAGAAACUGGACCAUAUUCUAACUAGUCACAAAAUCAUGGUCAAAAUUUGUUGUGUGGAUGGGGCCUUAUUGUUACUUUAUUUCUUUUAGUUAGUUUUUUAAGAAAUAAAAGAAAUUUGAAGGGAAAGAGCCAUUGUUUGGUAGCUUGACUGGAUUUUAGCCUACCCCCCCCCCCCAUUGUCUACACAUAUGCAAACCUUUAAUCCAGGUUUGAAUGUUCUUUGAAUCUGGGCUUGCUUGUCUGGCAGGAGGUAUAGAUGAAAGUCCAGGUUUCACUUUAAUGCGGGAUCUAACCUGCCUACUUUGCAGUGAGGAUACAACUGAAGAUUGGGUUAUGAUCGUUCUCCAGUGCAUUCCCACAGUUCUGCAGGGGCUAUGUUUUCUGGUCCUCUUACCUACUCACUUCCUACUCACCUCCUCUACACCAGAAGUUACCUGCUGGUUUAUGUACACUUGGUUGGCAUUUAACCCUUCAUUCAGCAUGCUCCAUUUCUGCAAAGUUCAGCUCAUUUGAACAGCAUGAGAAGAUGCCGUCUCAGGGUGCUGCUAGCUGGCCAGAGGAUCACAUCAAGGUUCUGGUUGCUCUCUGGUGUGAGUUCAGUAAGGAAAACACAGUUUUGGGAGAUGUAGUUGAAAUUAGCAUCUCUGCAGGAAUAUUUCAAAGACUGGGGGAGGAGAGGGAUCAGGUGGAUGACAAUUCAGUGUUGGGGGAGAAUUAAAAACCUCAACAACACCUACUGCAAGGCAAAGGACACCAAUUGAAUGUCCUGCAAUUCCUCAUUUACCUGCCCCUACUAUGAGGCGUUUGACCAGAUGUUUGAUGCUGUCGUGAGUACAGAGCCCAGUGCCAGGCUUGAUGGGCUUUUGAAGUGGAAUGGUCUGAUAUUUAGACUGGGGGCAGAGGAGAACCUCGUGGCAGAAGAGCUGGAGCAGAUGGCAUGGCCAGAGUGACUGGAGGAUGUCCUUAUGCUGGGUUCCAUGGACCUGUUCAAGGAUGUACCCAAGGAAUGGAAUGUCGAGGAAGCGGAGUCAGAGGUGGAGCCACAGUCAGGACCCCAGCUGAAUGCACAACUAGAAGGUUGGCUUUCUCAAGUACAAUCUACAAAAAGACCUGCUAGAGCCAUUAUUGCACCUCAUGCUGGAUAUACCUACUGUGGGUCAUGUGCAGCCCAUGCUUACAAACAAGUGGAUCCUACUAUUACCCGGAAAAUUUUCAUCCUUGGGCCUUCCCAUCAUGUGCCCCUUUCCCGAUGUGCACUUUCCAGUGUGGAGAUAUAUAGAACACCUCUGUAUGAUCUUCGAAUUGAUCAAAAGAUUUAUGGAGAAUUGUGGAAGACUGGAAUGUUUGAGCGUAUGUCUCUACAGACCGAUGAAGAUGAACACAGUAUUGAAAUGCAUUUGCCUUAUACUGCUAAAGCCAUGGAAAGCCAUAAGGAUGAGUUUACCAUUGUUCCAGUAUUGGUUGGAGCACUGAGUGAGUCAAAAGAACAGGAAUUUGGAAAACUCUUCAGUAAAUACCUAGCAGAUCCUAGUAAUCUCUUUGUGGUUUCUUCUGACUUCUGCCAUUGGGGUCAAAGGUUCCGUUACAGUUACUAUGAUGAAUCCCAAGGAGAGAUUUAUAGAUCCAUUGAGCACCUAGAUAAAAUGGGUAUGAGCAUUAUAGAGCAGCUAGAUCCUGUAUCUUUUAGCAAUUACUUGAAGAAAUACCAUAAUACAAUAUGUGGAAGACAUCCCAUUGGGGUAUUAUUAAAUGCUAUAACAGAGCUCCAGAAGAAUGGAAUGAAUAUGAGCUUUUCAUUUUUGAAUUAUGCCCAGUCAAGCCAGUGUCGAAACUGGCAAGACAGCUCAGUGAGUUAUGCUGCUGGAGCACUAAUGGUCCACUGAACCUCCGAACACUCAGGGAUGCCACCUGCACACAUACUAUGUACGGGGUCCCAGCCUAGCCCUCACAAAGAUACGGUUCCUGGUCUUCGGGUAUACUGAAACCUCAAACUAAUAGAACUCUCUUCUUUUCCAGUAGGUGUAGUCCUUCCUUAGUUUCAACUCAUUUAAAAAUGCUUUCUUGUUAAACCAAUGGAAGGAAGGCUUGUGUCAAAACUUUGUGAUUUAAAAAAAAAAA